AUGGAAAAGGGCCUUUAUGGAAUCACAAAUUCGCAACUUAACUCAGAGCACGCCACGUGGACUCUUUAUGUCAUGAAUGAUGAAAAUACCCUUAAUGAAAAAAGAGGGAAAGCAAAAGGUCUACACAAGCCACCUAUACCACCUUGGGUUGAGGAGAUCAGCCUAAGACCUAGGCCUAAGAAGACAUAUGUUGCAAGGCUCGUAAGCAGGCAACAACCUCAAUUAGCCGAGCACGGCUCAAGGAACGUCGAUUCAGGUGAGGAAGAAUGCUCAACCACUGUUCAUUGUUCAAUAAAGCACAUGCACCAGCAAGUGUCGCCACGAAAUCCGAAAUGGAUCACAACCACCAUCCUACAAACAUGGAUAGUGUCGUUGUGGGUUAACUACUAUAAUCCCAUUAUCUUCUCCACAUCAGAGAAGUGCAAGCCCACAAAGACUCAUCACCUACCACCUGUCAUCUACAAGACUACAACUGCCAGUAGUUAA